AUGUGUCAUCAUGAGAAAUGGUCACUAAGCCCUGCACAAUCAGUAGUGAGGAUUCAAGCUUUAAUAUUUGGAGAGAGAAGUGUGGAAGGUGUUGUGGACUUUCCUAAAACCAUCACAUAUAGAAAAACGUCAGGGAAACCUUGUGAUUAUCCAGUAAUCAAACAUGGAUGGCUAUAUUAUUCAUACAGAGGAUACUUUCCAGCAUAUGUAAAUCAACAGUUUGUCUAUUCCUGUGAUCGGGAUUUUGUGCCUCCUUCACAACGUUCCUGGGACCACCUGACUUGCACAGCACAAGGAUGGUCUCCAGAAGAACCAUGCCUCAGACAAUGUAUUUUCAAUUAUUUGGAAAAUGGACAUAACCCACAUCGUGAAGAAAAAUAUUUACAGGGUGAAACUGUAAGAGUUCGCUGCUAUGAAGGCUACAGUCUUCAAAAUGAUCAGAACACAAUGACCUGCACAGAGAGUGGCUGGUCUCCUCCUCCCAGAUGCACCCGUGUCAAAACAUGUUCAAAAUCUGAAAUAAGAAUUGAGAAUGGAUUUUUGUCUGAAUCUACCUUUACGUAUCCCCUAAAUAAACAAACAGAAUAUACGUGUAAACCAGGCUAUGUAACAGCAGAUGGUAAGACAUCAGGGUUAAUUACAUGUCUGCAAGAUGGAUGGUCAGCUCAACCUGUAUGCAUCAAAACCUGUGACAGGCCAGUACUUGAGAAGGCCAGAGUCAAAAGUGAUGACACGUGGUUCAGGCUGAAUGACAGGCUGGACUACGAAUGUCUUGAUGGGUAUGAGACUCGAGAGGGACGAACCAGAGACUCCAUAGUAUGUGGUCAAGACGGCUGGUCCAAUAAAGCUGCAUGCUAUGAAAAAGAAUGCAGUAUUCCCCAAAUGGAUACAUACUUAAAUGCUUAUCCCAGGAAAGACACAUUUAAAGUUGGGGAUGUGCUGAAAUUCUCCUGCAGUCAAGGCCGUAUUAUGGUUGGAGCAGAUUCCGUUCAAUGCUACCACUUUGGAUGGUCCCCUAAACUUCCAACGUGUAAAGCAAAGAAAGUAAAAGCGUGUGCUCCACCUCCUCAACUUCUCAAUGGAAAAGGGAAAGAAAUACACAAAGAAGAAUAUGCACACAAUGAGGUCGUGGAAUAUGCUUGCAACCCCAGAUUUCUGAUGAAGGGUUCUCAUAAAAUUCAGUGUGUUGAUGGAAGAUGGACAGCUUUACCUGUGUGUAUUGAGGAGGAGCGUACCUGUGGAGAUAUACCUGACCUUGAUCACGGCGAUAUCAAGCCUUCUGUCCCUCCCUAUCACCAUGGAGACUCGGUAGAGUUCAGUUGCAGAGAAGCAUUUACAAUGAUUGGACCCAGAUUUAUCACGUGUAUUAGUGGAGAGUGGACCCAGCCUCCUCAGUGCAUUGCAACAGAUGAACUUAAGAAGUGUAAAUGGUCAACUGAGGGAAAACCAGCACAUACGAUUGAAUAUGACCAUAACACCAACAAAAGUUACCAAUGUCGAGGAAAAUCAGAACAGAAACACUCAAUCUGUAUAAAUGGAGAAUGGGAUCCUAAAGUAGACUGCAAAGAAGAAGCACAAAUACAAACAUGCCCACCUCCACCUCAGAUUCCCAAUGCUCGAGGUAUGACAACCACAGUGAAAUAUCAGGAUGGAGAAAAAAUAUCAAUUCUAUGUAAAGAAAAUUAUUUAAUUCAAGAUGCAGAAGAAAUUGUGUGCAAGGAUGGGAGAUGGCAGUCAAUCCCACGUUGUAUUGAAAAAAUUGGAUGUUCUCAACCACCUCAAAUAGACCAUGGAACCGUUAACUCAUCUAAUUCUGCAGAAGAAAGGAGAGAAAUACAUGAACAAAGGCUGUAUUCACAUGGCACGAAGUUAAGUUAUACUUGUGAAGAAGGCUUCGAGAUAUCUGAAAAUAAUGUGAUAAUAUGCCACAUGGGAAAGUGGAGCUCUCCACCUCAGUGUGUAGGACUUCCUUGUGGAGUUCCACCUUAUAUUCAGAAUGGUGUUGUAUCUCACAAGAACGACAGUUACCAAUAUGGAGAAGAAGUUACUUAUGACUGUGAUGAAGGGUUUGGAACUGAUGGACCUGCAUCCAUAAGAUGUUUAGGGGGGCAAUGGUCUCGUCCACAAGAUUGCAUAAGCACAAAUUGUGUUAACUUGCCCACCUUUGAUGAUGCUGUACUCAUAGAUCGGGAGAAGGAUUCCUAUAAGUCAGGAGAACAAGUGGCUUUUAAGUGUCUAUCAUAUUAUCAGUUGGAUGGAUCUAAUACUAUACAGUGUAUUAAGAGCAAAUGGAUAGGAAGGCCAGCAUGCAGAGAUGUUUCCUGUGUGAAUCCACCUCAAGUGGAAAAUGCUAUUAUACAAAAUCAGAAGUCUAGAUAUCAAAGUGGUGAGAGAGCACGUUACGAAUGCGUUGGGAAUUAUCACCUUUUUGGGGAGAUAGAUGUCGUAUGUUUAAAUGGAACUUGGACAAAGCCACCUCAGUGCAAAGACUCUAAAGGAAAGUGUGGGCCUCCUCCACCAAUAGACAACGGAGACAUUACCUCACUCCUGCAAUCAGUAUAUCCUCCAGGAAUGAUUGUUGAGUACCGGUGUCAGGCCUACUAUGAACUUCAGGGAAACAGAAACGUAGUAUGUCGGAAUGGAGAGUGGUCAGAACCACCAAAAUGCUUAGAGGCAUGUGUAAUUUCAGAAGAAACAAUGAGAAAACAUCACAUACAGUUAAGAUGGAAACACGAUAAAAAACUUUACUCCAAAACAGAGGAUACUAUUGAAUUUAGGUGUCGAUAUGGUUACCGUCCACGGACAGCACCAGAUACAUUUCGAACAACUUGUCGGGAAGGAAAGGUGGUGUAUCCUCAAUGUGGAUAG